AUGCACGAAUAUUUACGUGUACACACGCAAUUUUCCUAUCAGUUUCCUCGCAAACGCCCGUGUCCCGACAUAGCCUACACUGAUCGCCUUCAUAGUGCCGAACUUGCUUAUUAUUUACGAGCACGCCUUCCAUCUCCUGAAGGCUCCGUUAGCAGACGCGCCAGUGGCAGCGGGUGCGCCAGACAACUUAAUAGACAAUCGGUAGGUGAGAGAAGGGCACGUGCCGUCGAAGCAAAUAGAGGUCAGGCUCCACAGAGAACUAGUACAGAAAACCGCAAGGUUGAUGUGGUUCUACCCCAGGAUCCAUCCGGCUCAUUUGCACCCAAUGACAGCGAUACUGCCGACAAUGCCAAAGAUAGCCAAACAACUCCCACCGGUACCACAAAUAGAAUCCGAAAUCCAGAUAUGGGAUUCAAGGACAGACGUUAUGCACUGUCCUUUGUGUCGUACUUCUGUCGCUCAAGGGUCUUGAGGGUAUUUUUGUGUUUCUUUAAAUCCAAUGUUCCGUUUUUGAGUGCUAUUGGAGUCGUUGAUACUGCCAAAGCAGAUAAUAAUGCCUUUUGUUGGUAA